AAAGUGUUCAGAUGAAGUAAAUAUCGCUAGUUAAGCUGACUUUAUCCAUUUAAUCAAUAGUUAUAAGAAAGCGUGUUUGAGGAGUAGGUUUGUCUGCAGAGUCCUCCCUGCAGAGGUUGACAUUAGGCCUAACAGUGUAGCCCCCCACCCAUAAUCCUGCUGCAGACACACCUGUGCAGGAGCGUAUAAAGACCCUGGACCGGACUGAGCAGACAUCAAGCUCCAAGGAGUCUCUCCACACCUGAAGAUGAGUCCCUCUGCCAGCCUGCUCCUGCUGCUCCUGCUCGGCCUCUCUCAGGCUCAACCUUUCCAGGAGGAUGAAGGUCAAGACGCAGAGAUGGCAGAAGAUGAAGAAACGGAAGUGGACAUGACCACCCAGAUUCUGACCACCAAUAACGCCACAGAGGAGUUCCUGCUGGAAGGAGACCUGGUGGCUCCCGUUACCAGAAAUGCCAUGAAGUGCUGGUACAACAGCUGUCUGUGGAAAAAAGCCUCCAAUGGCAAAGUGGUGAUCGCCUACACGAUAAGUUCUCAGUUCUCCGGGUACGAGAGGCAGACGAUCGAGGGCGCCAUGAGGGCCUUCGGCCGCACCUGCGUCCGCUUCACCCCUCGCAGGAACGAGAACGACUACAUCAGCAUUGUGAACAAAGGCGGAUGCUACUCCGCCCUGGGCAGACAGGGAGGCAGGCAGGAGCUCUCUCUCAACAGGGCGGGCUGCAUCUACGGUGGCAUCGUCCAGCACGAGCUCAACCACGCUCUGGGCUUCCAGCACGAGCAGACCAGGAGCGACCGCGACCGCUACGUCAGGAUCAACUGGCAGAACAUCAUCCAGAAGAGCGCCUACAACUUCCACAAGCACGACACCAACAACCUGAACACGCCCUACGAUUACUCCUCCAUCAUGCACUAUGGAAGAUUCGCCUUCUCCGUGGGCCGGGGGAGGGAGACCAUCACCCCCAUUGGAAACCCCAACGCCCGGAUCGGCCAGAGGAACGGUCUGUCCCGCUGGGACAUCAGCAGGAUCAACAUGCUCUACGGCUGUUAG